AUGGCAAGUUUGAAGGGAGGGAAUGAGCUUAGGCCUGUGGUAUUUAUGGAGGUUCAACAUGGUCAAAGAGAAACUCGAGGAGAGAUCUUGGCCAUUGAUUUAUGGAUGGAUGUCGGCAAUGGCAAUUACUUUCAAAGAAAUGAUUUUGGAGUUAUUGGCAUCUCAAAAUUCCCUUCUCAGUAUCAGUCUCUCAAUUCUAAGCCUAAAGGGUCUCCUCUUAUCAGAUGCCAGUCGACCAGCACUGAAGAGCCAAAAACCAGGACCCUUUUGGACAAUGCCAGCAACCUGCUUACCAAUUUGUUAAGUGGGGGAAAUCUAGGGUCAAUGCCUAUAGCGGAAGGUGCGGUAUCUGAUUUGUUCAGCCGUCCCCUCUUCUUCUCACUAUAUGAUUGGUUCAUAGAGCAUGGAUCUGUGUAUAAACUUGCCUUUGGACCAAAAGCAUUUGUUGUUGUAUCAGACCCCAUUGUAGCAAGACAUAUUCUUCGAGAAAACACAUUUUCUUAUGAUAAGGGAGUUCUUGCUGAUAUCCUAGAACCAAUAAUGGGAAAAGGACUUAUACCUGCUGACCUUGACACAUGGAAGCUAAGGAGAAGAGUAAUCGCCCCUGGGUUUCAUGCCUCAUACUUGGAAGCUAUGGUCAAGGUAUUCACUCAUUGUUCAGAAAGAUCAAUAUUGAAAAUCGAGAAACUUCUUGAAGGAGAGGACUUGCACAGCAAGAAGAAAGUUGAGUUGGAUCUUGAAGCAGAGUUUUCAAGUUUAGCUCUUGACAUUAUUGGCCUUGGCGUCUUCAACUAUGACUUUGGUUCAGUUACAAAGGAAUCACCUGUUAUUAAGGCAGUGUAUGGAACUCUUUUUGAAGCUGAGCAUAGAUCCACUUUCUACAUUCCUUAUUGGAAAUUUCCUCUAGCAAGGUGGUUAGUCCCCAGACAAAGGAAGUUCCAAAAAGACCUCAAGGUUAUCAAUGAUUGUCUAGAUGGACUCAUAAGUAAUGCAAAAGAGACCAGACAGGAAACAGACAUUGAGAAACUGCAGCAAAGGGACUACUCAAAUCUAAAGGAUGCAAGUCUUCUGCGAUUUCUAGUUGAUAUGCGGGGAGCUGAUGUUGAUGACCGUCAGCUAAGAGAUGACUUGAUGACAAUGCUCAUUGCUGGGCAUGAAACAACAGCUGCAGUGCUUACUUGGGCCGUUUUCCUUCUUGCACAGAAUCCCUCCAAAAUGAAGAAAGCUCAAGCAGAGAUUGAUCAAGUGCUGGGUCAGGGGAGGCUGACUUUUGAAUUGAUUAAACAGUUGAAGUACAUUAGACUCAUUGUGGUGGAGGCUCUUCGUUUGUAUCCUCAGCCACCAUUGCUGAUUAGACGUUCUCUCAAACCAGAUGUUUUGCCAGGAGGAUACAAGGGAAACAAAGACGGUUAUGCAAUUCCUGCCGGGACGGAUAUCUUUGUAUCAGUCUAUAAUCUCCACAGAUCCCCAUAUUUUUGGGACAAUCCUAACGAAUUUGAACCAGAAAGGUUCUUAGUGAAAAGAGAUAAUGAAGGGAUUGAAGGAUGGAGUGGCUUCGAUCCAUCUCGAAGUUCAGGAGCUCUAUAUCCAAAUGAGAUUAUGUCAGAUUUUGCCUUCUUACCCUUCGGAGGAGGGGCGAGAAAAUGCGUUGGGGAUCAAUUUGCGCUCAUGGAAUCAACGAUAGCUUUGACAAUGUUGUUGCAGAAAUUCGUUGUGGAGCUAAGAGGUUCUCCAGAAGAGGUAGAAUUAGUUACAGGUGCAACCAUACAUACCAAGAAUGGACUGUGGUGUAGAUUGACGAAAAGAUCUGAUAUCCAUUGA